AUGUCGGAGAAAGAAAACAUUCUCAACAACACCGCAGGUGGUUCCCCCGCGGAAGAGGACAAGCAGGAGGAGAAAGAGCAGGAGAAGGAAAAGCAGGAAAAGCCGGCAAAGAAAAAAUCUGAGGAGGCCGGUUCUUCACCGCCACCAAAGCGCAUGCGAGUCGACGAUCCGGACUGCGGAGAGCUGGUUCGGCUGCUCGUCGAGUUGGAUGUACAACAGGCAGAGCUGGAAUUGAGCGCUAGUGGCUGCGACUCAGGGAAUCUUGGUGGCGCUGGCGGCAGCAAUUCCAAUAAGACCCAACUGGAGUCCCAAGAGAAAGAGCACUACAUGUUUGGUGACACGGUUUACUUCAUCGUCACCUGGAAGGGAUCCCAGUUGGGGAAGCCGUGCCUGUUGAUCAAACAUGUGCACGACAAGCUACUCAUUGACUUCAUUACGAGCUUGAAGCUACAGGACUAA